GGAGCUCUACCUAAACAGUGUGUGUGAGAAGGCUGGACUUUGUUCGCAGCUAUUUCCAGUGCAUGAGUCUCACUGACUCAAUCGUUUUCAGCAGAAAGAGUUCCUCUGACUUUACUCUGAAGCCGUGCAGCUGCUAUAUGAGGCCAUUGAUCCUACAUUAACAGUUUUGUUUCUUAUUUAUUUCAAAAGGUAGAGGGUCUGUGGAGGUCUUUUUCUUUUUGAGAGGCAGCCAUGAUCAGCCGUAACUUCAAGAAUGUGCUGGUGGUCUCUGUCGGCUUUCUGUCCCUGUUCACGGCUUAUGGAGGCCUGCAGAGUUUACAGAGCAGUCUGAAUGCAGAGCAGGGGAUGGGCGUGGCGUCUUUAAGCGUCAUCUACGCCUCCAUUAUCGUAUCCUCCAUGUUCCUGCCUCCCCUCCUGAUCAAAAAUCUGGGCUGUAAAUGGACCAUCGUUGCUGGCAUGGCCUGCUACGUCACCUACUCCAUUGGAAACCUCUAUCCUGGAUGGUACACCCUCAUGCCCACCUCAGUGAUCCUGGGAUUGGGCGGCUCUCCCCUGUGGUCGGCUAAAUGCACCUACCUGACCAUCUCCGGUAACAACCAGGCGGCCAAGGAGGGCAAAAAGGGCUCUGACGUCAUCAACCAAUACUUUGGCAUCUUCUUUUUCAUCUUUCAGUCGUCUGCUGUUUGGGGAAACCUCAUGUCGUCACUCAUCUUUGGACAGGACACCAAUAUAGCUAACAUCACAGCCGAGCAGCUGCAGUCCUGUGGAGCGGCUGAUUGCGGCCUCAAUAUCAGCGUCAACAGCACGACCACCAGACCUGCUCAGAAACUAGUGUGGACACUCGUCGGAGCCUACAUUGGCGUGGGACUGCUGGCCAUGGUCAUUGUGGCAGUGUUUCUGGACAACAUUGACCAACAGCAAACGAGCCAGUUUCGUGGGAACCGGGAGCCGUUUUGUCACACCUUCCUGGCCACGUUUAGACUGCUGAAGGACUGGAGGCUGGUGACCCUCAUCCCUCUCACCAUGUACAGUGGCUUCGAACAGAGUUUCCUCUCUGGGGAGUAUACUAAGAACUAUGUGACGUGUGCUUUGGGGAUCCAUUUUGUUGGCUUUGUGAUGAUGUGUUUUGGAGCCUCUAAUUCUCUGUGCUCCUUUCUCUUCGGGAGACUCGCUCGGUACACUGGGAGGGCUGCCCUCUUCUUCCUGGCUGCAGUGACCAACUUUUCCUGUAUCAUUGCUCUCAUGUUCUGGAGGCCUCAUCCUAACCAGCUGGCUGUCUUCUUUGUAUUUCCUGCCCUGUGGGGUAUGGCAGACGCAAUCUGGCAAACUCAGACCAACGCUCUUUAUGGCGUCCUUUUCCCCCAGGAAAAAGAGGCAGCAUUUGCUAACUACCGCAUGUGGGAGUCACUCGGCUUCGUUAUCGCCUUCGCCUACAGCACCUUCUUAUGCCUGGAGUAUAAACUGUACAUCUUGCUGGCUGUUCUGCUGGUGACUGUCAUCACUUACCCCAUAGUGGAGUACCGCGAAUACAAGAAUCCCACGCCGCCCAUUGAGGAGAGGACCUACCUAAGCCACAAAGAAACUGCUCAAACAGAGGACAAGACCGUUUGCCAGACAAAAAUGUAAAAACUGAAUUUCAAGUGUUUUGUUCUUAUUUAAUUUUUUUUUUUUACAUCCUGAUAUGGUCCCUGCAAAUCAGGUGUUUGACCUAAUGCAAAAUUGUUCAAAUUGCUUUCAAAAUGCUUUCUAAAUGCCACAGUGAAUAAACCUGCUCAGAAACCUGCUCACUGAUUUUCACUGCUUCACCGCCCCCUAAACCCUCUUGUUCCCUUGUGGAACAGUACCACAAAUAAUAAUGUCACAUUUCAAAUGCCAGCAAUUUGCAGCUGAGAUCCAAAAAAUCCACUACUGACAAGGAAAACUAUCACCACGCUAAACGCUGUAACAAAAAUGCUGCAUAUUUGACUUGAUGAUGAGAUCGUAGUUUUUCUGGCGGAAUAUUGUACUGCGAUUUAUCCCUGCUGAAAAUGCAGGUUAUAUACAGGUUAAAUAUCAAUUAUGUGCUGGGAAAUUAGGACCUCAGAUUGUUGGUCUGUCAUGACCAACAACCUUCUAACAAUCUUCUCCACGCCGACUUGUUGUCUUUUUACAGCGGUGUUGUAUUUGUAUCCAAUUAUCACAGCUUUUCUACUACAAAGCAAUAUUUUUUCACAUUUUAUAAAUGUUGACGUACUGUGACUAAUAUGUGUAACUGAAAAUAGAUACAGUAACCUACUGUACAUGUUAAGAGCUUAAACUUGCAAAGUGAAAAAUAAACGUUUUAAUAUUUAAAA